GCAGGGGAGGGAGCGGCACCGAGGCAGUCCCGGGGUCGCUGCUCUCCGCCGCAGCAGCCAGCGGGGCUGCCGGCGCCAGGCAGGGCGCCAGGCCGAGCGCGGGGACCCGCCGGAGCGGGGCCGCCCCACUUUCUUCCCGGCGGCGGCGGCAGGAGGCGCCGGCCCGGCCCGGCCCGGUCCUCCCCACACUUGGCUGACCACGGCUGGCUUAGAAGGCUCUUUUCCCCAAGAAAAUGGGGACUGACAGUGAAAACCCAGUCCUGAGGAAUGUGCUCAUCAGCUUUAACUUGCUUCUGCUGGGUGCUGUCCUCAAGCCUUUUGAGUGCCGGCUAGAGGUGACAACAGAGCCAGCUGAGAGGCCAGCAGUGGAUGAGAAGGGUAGCCUGUCCAACUGCAGCCCACCUAUCAAAGAACAGCCCAUGGUCUUCCACCACAUCUACAACAUCAACGUCCCCCUGGACAGCUGCUGCUCCUCCAUGUUCAAGUCUUCAGUUGAGGAGGUGAGUUCAGAAGACGACCAACUGGCGGAAUAUGCGGAGCAGACCUCUGACAGCGAGAGCCGGGUCACCUUCACCCACAGGAUAAACUUGCCCAAGCAGGCCUGCAAGUGCUCCACCUCCCUCCCGUCCCUGCAGGAGCUGCUGAGCAGGAUUGAGAUGCUGGAGAGGGAGGUGUCCAUGCUCCGGGACCAAUGCAACUCCAAUUGCUGCCAAGAAAAUGCAGCCACAGGGCAGCUGGAUUACACCCCGCAGUGCAGCGGCCAUGGGAACUUCAGCCUGGAGUCCUGCAGCUGCGUAUGCAUGGAGGGCUGGGCGGGCAGCAACUGCUCUGAGCCCCGCUGCCCCCGGGGCUGCUCCAGCCGCGGUGUCUGCCUGGAGGGCCAGUGCAUCUGCGACAAUGACUAUGGGGGUGAGGACUGCUCCCAGCUCCGCUGCCCCAGCGGCUGCGGCUCCCAUGGGCUCUGCGUGGAUGGCGAGUGCAUCUGUGAGGAGGGUUUUGCCGGGGAGGAUUGCUCCCAGCUGCGGUGCCCCCGUGACUGCUCAGGGAAAGGCUACUGCGUUAAUGGCACAUGCGUCUGCCAGGAGGGCUACGCUGGGGAAGACUGCGGGUGGCUGCACUGCCCCAAAGCCUGCAGCGGCCGUGGGGUCUGCCAGGAUGGUCUCUGCAUCUGCGAGGAAGGCUACGAAGGGCAGGACUGCUCAUCAGUGGCUCCGCCUGAAAACCUGCGAGUGACAGGGAUCAGUGACAGCUCCAUCGAGCUGAUGUGGGACAGCAGUGGGGCUGCCACCGAGUACAUCGUCUCAUACCAGCCGGCAUGGCCAGGAGGCACCCAGCUCCAGCAGCGAGUGCCUGGGGACUGGAGCAGCACCACCAUCACGGAGCUAGAGCCAGGCGUUGCCUACAAUGUCAGCAUCUACACAGUCAUCAGCGAUGUCUUGAGUAUCCCUGUUACCUCCAAGGUGGUGACCAACCUUGCUACACCGCAGGGCCUGAAGUUCAAGACCAUCACAGAGACGACAGCGGAGGUGCAGUGGGAGCCCUUCUCCUUCCCCUUCGAUGGCUGGGAGAUCAGCUUCAUCCCCAAGAAUAACGAGGGCGGUGUGAUCGCCCAGCUCCCCAGCACCGUCACCACCUUCAACCAGACAGGGCUGAAGCCAGGGGAAGAGUACACCGUCACUGUGGUGGCCCUGAAGGAACAAGCCAGGAGCCCUCCCACCUCUGACAGCGUCUCAACCCUCAUCGACGGCCCGACGCAGAUCUUGGUGCGGGAUGUCUCUGACACAGUGGCCUUUGUGGAGUGGACGCCCCCACGUGCCAAGGUGGACGCCAUCCUGCUGAAGUACGGGCUGGCAGAUGGGGAGGGCGGGAGGACCACCUUCCGCCUGCAGCCCCCCCUCAGCCAGUACUCCCUGCAGGCCCUGCGCCCCGGCGCCCGCUACCGCCUUGCCGUCAGCGCCCUCCGGGGUACCAACGAGAGCCAGCCAGCCCUCGCCCAGUUCACCACAGAGAUCGAUGCGCCCAAGAACCUGCGGGUGGGCUUGCGGACCCCCGCCAGCCUCGAGCUCACCUGGGACAACAGCGAGGCUGAAGCACACAGCUACAGGGUGGUCUACAGCACCCUGGCCGGGGAGCACUACCAUGAAGUCCUGGUGCCACGCGACACUGGUCCCACCACCCGGGCCACCCUUGCAGAUCUGGUGCCAGGGACAGAGUACGGCAUUGGGAUUUCAGCCGUGAUGGACAGCAAGCAGAGCGUGCCAGCAACCAUGAAUGCCAGAACUGAGCUUGACAGCCCCCGGGACCUUCUGGUGACAGCCUCCACUGAGACAUCCAUCUCACUGGCCUGGACCAAAGCCACGGGUCCCAUCGACCACUACCGCAUCACCUUCACUCCUGCAUCGGGGAUGGCCUCCGAAGUGACAGUGCCCCAAGAUCAGUCACAGCUCACCCUCUCGGAGCUGGAGCCUGGGACAGAGUACACCAUCUCCAUCAUUGCCGAGAGGGGACGCCAGCAGAGCCUGGAGGCCACUGUGGAUGCCUUCACAGGGGUCCGGCCCAUCACGCAACUCCACUUCUCCCAGCUGACAUCCUCCAGUGUGAAUGUCACAUGGAGUGACCCAUCCCCACCAGCAGACCGCCUCAUCCUCACCUACAGCCCCCGGGACAAGGAGGAGGCACAGGAGGUCACACUUGACGGUACCCGCAGGCACGCCAGCCUGAUGGGCUUGCAACCAUCCACUGAGUACCUGGUGUCACUGGUGGCCAUGCAUGGCACCAUCAGCUCCGAGCCUGUUGUGGGCUCCAUCACGACAGGGAUCGAUGCACCGAAGGAUCUCAGGGUGGGAAAUGUCACUCAGGAGUCCAUGAAGGUCUACUGGAGCCCUCCCAUUGCUGCCUUCGACCACUAUAGAAUAUCCUACCGUGCCGCUGAAGGGAGGACAGACAGCACUGCCAUCGCCAGCGAUGCCACCGAGUACACGCUCCGCCAGCUGCAGCCUGCCACCAAGUAUGAGAUCGGGGUGAAGAGCGUGCGCGGCCGGGAGGAGAGCGAGGUGGCCUCCAUCACUGUGCACACAGCCAUGGAUGUCCCCUUGGAGGUCACAGCCACCAACAUCACCCCCACUGAGGCACUGCUCCAGUGGAACCCACCGCUGUCGGAGGUGGAGAGCUAUGUCCUCAUCCUCACCCGCCACGCAGUUGCAGGAGAAACAAUUCUCGUGGAUGGAGUCAACCAGGAGUACCAGCUGACCAAGCUCCAACCCAGUACCACCUAUACAGUCUUUAUGUAUGCCACCCAUGGGCCUCUCACCAGCCAGACCAUCAGCACCAGCUUCACAACUCUUUUGGAUCCUCCAACAAAUCUGACUGCCAGUGAAGUCACUCGACGGAGCGCCCUGCUUUCCUGGGUGCCUCCCAUGGGAGAGAUGGAGAACUACAUCAUGACCUACAGAUCCACGGAUGGCAGCUGGAAGGAGCUGAUUGUGGAUGCUGAGGAUACAUGGAUCCGCCUGGAGGGGCUUUCUGAGACCACAGAGUACACUGUGCGCCUGCAAGCUGCCCAAAAUGCCAUGCGGAGUGGCUUCAUCUCCACCACCUUCACCACAGGUGGCCGUGUCUUUGCUAACCCUCAGGACUGUGCCCAGCACCUGAUGAAUGGAGAUACACUGAGUGGCGUCUACACCAUCUCCAUCAACGGGGAGCUCAGCCAGCGAGUGCAGGUGUACUGCGACAUGACCACUGAUGGAGGUGGAUGGAUUGUCUUCCAGAGGCGGCAGAAUGGGCUAACCGAUUUCUUCCGGAAAUGGGCAGAUUACCGGGUUGGGUUUGGAAACUUGGAAGACGAGUUUUGGCUGGGUUUGGACAACAUCCACAAGAUCACGUCCCAGGGGCGCUAUGAGUUGCGCAUAGACAUGAGGGACGGCCAGGAAGCAGCAUAUGCCUACUAUGACAAGUUCUCCAUCGGGGACUCCAGGAGCCUGUACAAGCUGCGAAUUGGGGACUACAAUGGCACUUCAGGGGACUCCCUCACCUAUCACCAGGGUCGCCCCUUCUCCACCAAGGACAGGGACAAUGACGUUGCUGUGACCAACUGUGCCAUGUCCUACAAAGGGGCCUGGUGGUACAAGAACUGCCACCGCACCAACCUCAAUGGCAAGUACGGAGAGUCCCGGCACAGCCAGGGGAUUAACUGGUACCAUUGGAAAGGCCACGAGUUCUCUAUUCCCUUCGUGGAAAUGAAGAUGCGACCUUACAACCACCGUAACAUCUCUGGGAGGAAGCGACGAUCCCUACAGCUCUGAGCCAGCUGAACCCUCUCCUGCCUCCCACCACCUGACCUUUUCUGUCAUUUGUUUGUAUUUUAUAAUAUGAAAGGGGGGGGAAAUUUACUACUCAUCUGAGAUAGCAACCUGCCCCUCAUGAGUGCUGGAGGGAACCAUGGCACAAGCAAAAGCUGUGGGAAAGGAAAGACCUCAUUGCUUUGCAUCUUUCCCAGAGAAAUGCCAAAUUUCCAGUCUCUCUACCCCAGAACUCUGACCCUUAACAUGAGAAGAAAGAGAGAGAAAGAGACAGACAGAUUUUUUGAUAUUUUUUUAAAAAGACAUAGAAAUCCCGAGCAAACCCUGUUAGAAAUGUUUGACAUGCAGCUCGUGGCAGAAACUUUCCCCACAGAGACCUUGCUGCAGUCUUUUGCACCCCAGUCAUGGCCAGGGACACCCAUCUUCUUCCUGCCUCCCUGUCCCCUCCUGGCAGCGAGAUCCCAAGCUUCAUGCCAUCCAGUAGACAGCAACUCUUCCAGCAGGCAGAGGCCUGUCUCUCCUUCUGGCCUUGUCAUCCCUCCGCUACUUGUAAGCACUGUACACAUGGAGACAAAGCGAGGACGAGCCAAAGUCAGGCUCAUCCUGUCCCCAGUUUUCACACAUCACACUAGGAGGGUUUGGUGAAUAUCUGCAUAUGCAGGCAAACUUUAGAAAGCCCACAUCUCACAUGUUGGCCCCACCACAGCCAAAGUCAUCCUCAUGUACAUGGAGCAUAGGGAAACAAGAGCUGCUCCACCAGCACCAACAUGCAUCGUCCACUCCUCUGAGCUGAACUCAUCCCAGUUCAGGUGCAUGACAUCUGCCUGGGUUAUGCUGAGCUUUAUGAAGAAGAAAAGAGACAAAUUAGAGCACCUGCGGUCUUGAAGUCUAGUGCCCAUUUCCUCUGCUAUUUCUACAUUUCACAACACUGUCUAUCACUGAGGUCAGUGGUCCCAGACCAAAGAGUCUCAGAGAAGAAACAGCAACCAAAAGAGCUAUCACACAGCUGCAGCCCAGCCUGAAGCCAGCAGCUGGCACAGCCCAGGUGCUCUUGUUCAGGGACCUCCAUGCACACAGGGAAGGAUGAUGAUGCAGCCAAGGGAAGACAAGCGCAAGCGAAGAAAUGCCCAUUCUCUUCCCUCUCCCCAAACCAUCCCUCUUUGCCACCAUCACAAGAAAGACACAAAUCUCAGUGCCUUGGUAUCACCAUCUCUUUAAUGGGAAAUCAACUGUUUCCCCUUCUGGAAGGAAUGCUUGGUCUAUUCAGAUUGUGGAGCACUUCAAGAGCUCACUCUUUCCAUCCCUAACUUCUCCUGUCCUAAGAAGAUGGACCCUUCGGAUAGCUCUGGCUGCACUCCGUUGUCAUUGACAACACCUCCACAUAGCCCAAACGACAACUGUGCUGGAGUCACCCCUCUGCCAAGGACUCUGAUCAAUGCUGGGCAUUGUCACUGGCCUGGUCUCAGAGAAGGAACCCAUCCGCACAUUCAAGGACAAUGGAGCUCAUCACUGGGUUCACAGCCGAGGGAGCAAUACAAAUGCUAAACACUGCUUUUUGAUUUUAUCACACUGAAGCUGCUUUGUCUCAAGAAACAUCUUCCAGAUGGCAACAUAAAGGCAUCUUUGCUGUAGCUUAUAAUUCAGGCCAGUGUCUUUUUCAUGGCCAUGCUCCUGGAUUUUCUGACGUUACUUACCACGACUGCAGAGCUGAAGAAGGGCAUUAAGGGAGAAACGCAGCAUCCUUGUCUAUGCCAUGCACUGACACAUGAAAUCAUAGCUAACUCCAAAGUCAGGAUUAAAUACAGGGUGCAGCCUUUCAAGUGGUCAGCUUACAAGCUGCAGUCUGACCAGGAGGAAGAAUGCCAUAGCUCAGUAACAUCUCAUAUGUAAAUGAGACAUUUCUUCUUACUUUCCAUCAGCACCAAAACAGGCAACAAGUCAACCAGUUGAGGAACAGGUCAGUCAGAGAGGCUACAGAUGAGGGGAUCUCUUGCAGGACCUGGCCAGUGUCACACAUGGCAGCAUCUCAGGCCUCCUGAGCAGCCUGUCCUGUUUUAUAUCCAAAAGCCAACCAGAAGCAACAGAAGUAAAACCUAAGAAGCAUCCUAGUAGAGCAGCAGAGUAAUAUUUUUCCCAACACUACUAAGCAUUUAUAGGCAAGAAGCGUCUUAACAGAAGUACUACAGUGUAGUGGUUAUAACUAGAAGCAGAGAUUGGCAGUGGAUGGCAUUCAUCGCUGGUCGCGGGUGGUGCUGUUUGCUUAUGUACCGGGGUGAACGGAAGAGACAUCAGUGGAAACACAGUUCAUCAUUUGCAAUCAAGUUGAAGGCAAGAAACCUCUCUUUUAAAAAGUACAAGUCAAACAGAAAAUCAAAACAUGCCAAGCUUUUCCAGGAGGUUCAAAAGAAGAUCCUCAAAAAGGCUGAUUAUUCUUUAAAUAGAUUUACUGAUCUGUAUCUCUCCCUCCCUGCUCAUGUCUGUCAUCCCUUUUAUAAGUCCUGUAACCAGGAUGAAAGGGCCCAGUUGACACAACUCCAUUCAUUGAGUCUGAAGGAUGCUCUUAGAGAUAAUACUCGACCUUCUGGUGCCAUUAUAUACUAAUGCAGGUCUCUGAUCUCACGCAUGGUACCAGAGUAUUGCCUUUCCAUUGCCUUGGUGAAACACAGUUGCUAAAAUCUUUUAAAGGAAAGUCUUCUACAUGUUAUGGUUUUCUCCUGGUGACAACACAACCCAAGCCUAGGCACACAACCAGCCACAACAACCCAGUCAUUUGGGCCAUUGUCCCUCAUUCACACUGUCCAUAAACAAGAUACAAUUUUCCAGAAAUCUAUUUUGCAUCACUGCCUGAUGAAUUUUUUUGGACAAAGUUUCUGCCAGAGGUUUCAAGCAAAUUUAUGCUUAAUGUUGAUGCUACAGAAUGGCCAGGUGAUUAAGUACAGUCUCUCUUCAACCUCCAUCACUGGUUGGGCGAGCCCGUUUUCUGAAUUCAUUCUCCAACAGACGAAGUUUGGCCCUGUCCCCCAUCAGCACAGCACUGAGAAUGAAGACUUGGAAACAGGCCUGAAAUUCCCAGAAACUAAGCCUGGGUCCUGUGCAGUGCUCAUCUCAAGAGACUUUGGCUCCAGCAGCUGAACCAUCACUGGGCUCUGGUGGCUCCUCUGCCAUCCAGCUCAUAUGGCCCACGCUUGCCCCAGAGCCCAAAAAGGAACCUGAAGCUGUUACCCAAAUCACAUUAUCCACUGCAAGAUGCCAACUCCCAUCACAUCAGGCAGGAAAAGCAUGUCAGGUCGUUCACCCACUACAUGCGCCCAGGACCCUCUCAACCUUUCAAAGCUGUCUCUUACUUCUAACACCAAAAACCUGGAAGGAAACACCAAGGGACUUUCUCAUCUCUUGCCCAAUUUUCAUUUCACUCUAUUUCCAUUCCUGCCAGACCUCCAAGCUCACCUUCCCACUGCGCUAAAACAUAACCAAAGAAAAAAAAAAGUCCUGAAAAGAAAAGCUGCUUUUACUAAAGUGAUCCUUAAGACAGAAUUCAUAAAAGAAUCAUUUGGGGAAGGAGAAAGGCCAAGCUCUCCCCAAAGGUAUCUGGGUUUUGGCAGGAGGAUGCUGGAAGAGUAUCCACACAAAGGUUGGGGAAAAGCCUUUGCUGCUACUCCUUAUCUCUGCAUUACUCUACCAUGGGCACCUCAAAGCGUAGUACCAACCUAAAUACAUCUGUUACCCCACAGCCUCUUACCUCCUUCCCAAAGUGUUGCUUACACCAGGUGAAGUGUUUGGGUGCAGAAAGCACAGCUCACUCUACCUUCAUCCCCAGUGAUGCAGCAUGUGAAGGUUUGGGCAGUGGAGUCCCUGCACUGCAGUGGCCCCUAUUGUGGAAAGGCUUAGAAUGGCUUGUCAAAAAACAGCAGAAGCCAAAAUACCUGCUUUGUCCAUCACCUCCAUGCCAGCAUGUGCCCUACAUCCAGACCCAGAGCCUCCCUCCUGGUAUGUCCCCACCAUUGCACCCUGGGAUGACCACAUACCCCCCACCCUGUGCCCCACCAGCAACACCCACAAGCUUUGACCUUACGAGACACUGCCAGCAAAGAGCUCCCACUCCCAAGCCCUCUUUAAUUCAUGCUUACAACCACUAAUGAAGGGUUCUGUCCUGGGGCCAAGAGAGAAGACCAUCCCUGUUUCUGCCAACCAAGCACCCUGAGAUGACCACCAACCCAACCAAGCCCCUUGGGGACCAUUGGCACCCUCCAGGGUCAUCUUCCCCCUUCCUUAAACAUGAUGGUGCUCAGAUGGUGGUGGCAGCUCCUUGCCCCUUCUAGGGGGGAGGUUUGGGGUAAGGAGGAGGGAAAGGCUCUUCCCUAGGGAGAAGCUGAUGCCCAGACCCACCUCAGUACCCAGCCUGCAGCUCUCCCAGUGUCAGUGGUUUCUCAGAGGAUGGUGACACAAAGACCUAAACAAACAAACAAGCAGGCUCCUGUGCACAGGUGGUGCCCUGGAACUGUGUUUAUCACUUAAAAAAAAAAAAAAAGCCAAACAUAAACACGAAGGAAGAACAAAGGCAACAAAAUCUCUUUGACAGGUUUUGAUAAACUCAAACACAAACCAGUGUAACUGAGGGGGAAGAUAAAAGAAAAUAAAUGCAUAAAUAAAAUUAAUAAUAUAAAUAAAUAAUAUAUUAAGCAACCCUCCCCACCCUGUAAUGAAAACCUAGCUCGGAGAAUGGGAUCGACGCUUGUUAACCAUUGUUAACUAGUAUUUUUAGUCCUGACCACUCUUAGGCUAUGUAUAGUUCCUUUUUUUAAUGCAUUUUCUAUACAUUAAUAAAAGAUAACGAAGGA